CGCCGCUGAGGCCGGGCAGUGAUUGAGCCGCCACUCGGAGAUCGGCGAUCGGACAUCUCGGUGCUCGGCCAACAAACAAGACUGAUGAUCCCGAACGUCCGCGGUCACUUCACAACCCAUCACUUGCCACCCACAGUCCACCAAAACUCCACUCCAUGUGCUCUUUUGCGUUACUUGCGUGCUGCAGCGUUCGCUAAAUGCGCUGCCGCCCUCUCCGCCUUAUUACUUGCAAUAUCUGCGAGAAUGAGGUCGAGGAGCCCGUCCCUCGCUGGGACAUGGCAUCAAGGUCUGGGACGCGGGCUCCUGCCAACCACGUCCCGCACAUGCUUCCAUGACGGAUGCGUCCGACCCUACGUCUCCUAACUGACCUCGCGGCUCGCCGUCGGACGUCGGGGACCUCUCUGUCGCCGAUGGCCGGAAGGCCUCACCGCGCCGGAGCAAGCCAAAUGCCGGGGUUGUGCA